GGAAGGGGCGGGCCCAGCGGCUCAGAUCCGGAACAGACGCUGCGGGCUCGGCUGCGCUCGGUCCGGGGCUCGGUGUGUCGGAGCGUCGGUUCGGUUCCAGAAGACCGGAAGCGGAGUUCCGCCUCAGAACCGGGAGAGAGUCCAGAGAGAGGCGGGGAGUCCGGGGGAGUCCGGGGAGGAGAGCCGGACCCGGUGACAGAGGGAGGAGGCUGCGCGGAGCAGGAAGAGGAGCAGGAGGAGCAGGAGGAGCAGCGCCCCCCCGGAGGAGGAGCAGGAGCAGCAGAGAUGCCCCUGGCCCAGCUGGCAGACCCCUGGCAGAAGAUGCCGGUGGGGGGGCCGGCAGGAGAGGACACACAUCAGGAUCCUGACGACUCAGUGGGAGAGGACGACUCUCUGCCUGGCUACACGGAUGAGGGGCCCUUCAAAGAGAUCAGCAUCACUCACCAUGUGAAGGAGGGCUCGGAGAAGGCCGACCCCCGGCAGUUCGAGCUGCGGAAGGUUCUGGGACAGGGCUCCUUCGGCAAGGUGUUUCUGGUGAGGAAGAUCUCCGGACCGGAUGCGGGGCAGCUUUACGCCAUGAAGGUUCUGAAGAAGGCGACUCUGAAAGUGCGUGACCGGGUCAGGACUAAGAUGGAGAGAGACAUCCUGGUGGAGGUCAACCAUCCCUUCAUCGUCAAGCUGCACUACGCCUUUCAGACGGAGGGAAAACUCUACCUGAUCCUGGACUUCCUGAGGGGAGGAGACCUGUUCACCCGGCUGUCCAAGGAGGUGAUGUUCACGGAGGAGGAUGUGAAGUUUUAUCUCGCUGAACUCGCUCUGGCUCUGGAUCAUCUGCACGGCCUCGGCAUCAUUUACAGAGACCUCAAACCUGAGAACAUCUUGCUGGACGAAGAGGGACACAUCAAGCUGACGGACUUUGGCCUGAGUAAAGAGUCGAUCGACCAUCAGAACAAAGCCUACUCGUUCUGCGGCACGGUGGAGUACAUGGCUCCUGAGGUGGUGAACCGGCGAGGACACACACACAGCGCCGACUGGUGGUCGUACGGCGUGCUGAUGUUCGAGAUGCUGACGGGAACGUUACCGUUUCAGGGAAAAGACCGGAAAGAGACGAUGACCAUGAUCCUCAAGGCGAAGCUCGGGAUGCCUCAGUUUCUCAGUCUGGAAGCUCAGAGUCUCCUCAGGAACCUUUUCAAACGGAACCCGGCCAACAGACUAGGAGCCGGACCGGACGGCGUGGAGGAGAUCAAGAGGCAUCAGUUCUUCAGCACCAUCGACUGGAACAAGCUGUUCCGCAGAGAGAUUCCUCCUCCUUUCAAACCGGCUGCAGGACGACCAGACGACACCUUUUACUUCGACCCUGAGUUCACUGCCAAGACGCCCCGAGACUCUCCAGGAGUUCCUCCCAGUGCAAACGCUCAUCAGCUCUUCAGAGGCUUCAGCUUUGUGGCGAUAACAGAAGAAGAUGAACCCGAACAACACACCAUCGUACAGCAGCUUCACCGCAGCACGUCUCAGUUCUCCGACGCCUACGAGAUCAAAGAAGACAUCGGCGUGGGUUCCUACUCCGUCUGCAAGCGCUGCGUCCACAGAGGCUCGGGCAUGGAGUACGCCGUCAAGAUCAUUAACAAAUCCAAGAGAGAUCCGACGGAGGAGGUGGAGAUCCUCCUGAGAUACGGACAGCAUCCAAACAUCAUCACGCUCAAAGACGUGUACGAUGACGGCCGCUCGGUCUUCCUGGUCACGGAGCUGAUGAAAGGCGGCGAGCUGCUCGAUAAGAUCCUGCGUCAGAAGUUCUUUUCGGAACGCGAGGCGAGCGCCGUGCUCUACACCAUCACCCGGACCGUGGAGUACCUGCAUGUCCAGGGGGUGGUGCACCGGGACCUGAAGCCCAGUAACAUUCUGUACGUUGAUGAGAGUGGAAACGCAGAAUCCAUCCGGAUCUGUGACUUCGGCUUCGCCAAGCAGCUGCGAGCUGAAAACGGGCUGCUGAUGACGCCGUGCUACACCGCUAACUUCGUCGCACCAGAGGUUCUGAAGAAGCAGGGUUAUGAUGCGGCUUGUGACAUCUGGAGUCUGGGAGUGCUGCUCUACACCAUGCUAACAGGAUUCACUCCCUUCGCCAACGGUCCUGAAGACACUCCGGAGGAGAUCCUGGCUCGGAUCGGCAGCGGGAAGUUCUCACUCAGCGGGGGGUACUGGAACUCUGUGUCCCCGGAGGCUAAGGACCUGGUGUCUCAGAUGCUCCACGUUGACCCCCACAAGAGACUGACAGCGGGACAAGUCCUGAGACACUCCUGGGUGACCCGCCGGGACCAGCUGCCCAGAUACACCCUGAACCGACAGGACGCCCCGCAUCUGGUCAAGGGGGCGAUGGCUGCCACCUACUCAGCUCUCAGCAGGAAUGUUCCUCCAGUUCUGGAGCCGGUGGGCUGUUCCACUCUGGCUCAGCGGAGGGGGGUGAAGAAGAUCACCUCCACUGCGCUGUGACCUCCUCCUCCUCCUCCUGCUCCUCUCAACUCUGACCUCAAUCUGACUCCUGCCAGACCUCCUCCUCCUCUUCCUCCUCCUCCUCCUCCUCCUCCUCUCCCGUCCUGGUCUGGUGGGGCGUACUACUGAUGGACCCGGGAACCGCUAACGCCAAAUAGGAGCACAAAGACUGCUCAUCCUCAUCCUCCUCCUCGCCUUCAUCCUGCUUCUCCUCUUCCUCCUCCUGCUCCUCUUCCUCCUCCUCGCUUUGGACAAUCAUGGCCGCCUCGAGGCAUCAGUGCGGAAUCAAAAAUUAUGAAAUAAAAAACGGGUAACAUGAGCUUCAUUCCCUGUCGUCAUGGAAACACGUUGACAUCAUCAUCAUCAUCCUCAGGAAACAUUUGGUACCAGGUGAAGGUCUGAAGGGUCCCUGAGGGUCUCUGAAGGUCUCCUCCUGGUUUCAUGAGACCAGUUGAGAAGCAGCAAUGGUGUUGGACUGGAACUACUUUCUGUGGAGGAUGGAUCUGAGUUAGUUACAGUUCAGGGAACAAAAACCAAAAUAACACGGGAAAACUUAUCUUCCUCUUCCUCCUCGUCUUCCUCCUCAUCUUCCUCUUCCUCCUCCUCUUCCUCCUCCUCCAGCUCUUUUUGUACCUGCUCGGCUGGACUUUCUAUGAAAACCAAUAAAAACGAGAAUCAG